ACUUAAAGCUGAGAACCAGAGAGUAAUAAAUGACGUGAGAAUCAAACAUGCGGAAGAUAUGGCAAGACUACAAGGUCAGUUACAAGCAGCGCAAAAUAGUGGGGACGGAGGAGGAGGGAUUUGCGUCAUUCUAUAA